AUGGCUGAAAAGUCAUAUCGUCAAUUGUCAACGCUGGACGGCACCACCCCUAUCAACAAAAAGCUCGUCGAAGAAACCAACGAUGCCUCAAAAGAUGCUUCCGAUAAUCAUGAGUAUCCUGGAGCGUUGUCUUUGAUAGCUAUUAUGACCGCAUUGUACCUUGCCAUUUUUCUCGUUGCUCUCGAUCGAACCAUUAUCGCUACGGCCAUUCCACAUAUAACCGACGAUUUCCAUGCGUUGGGUGAUAUUGCUUGGUAUGGUAGCGCCUACCUUCUCACCAGCUGUUCGUUUCAGCUGCUCCACGGUCGCAUCUAUACUUUUUACAGCCCAAAGUGGGUGUUCCUCGCCGCUAUCAUCUUAUUCGAAGUUGGGUCUGCUAUUUGCGGUGCAGCACAAACAUCUACUGCCUUCAUUGUUGGUAGAGCUAUUGCUGGCCUGGGAUCUUGCGGUAUCUUCUCUGGUUGCAUUGUCAUCAUCACCGAUGCUGUGCCUCUGCAAAAACGUCCGAUGUAUACUGGGUUGAUGGGUAGUUUGUUUGGUAUCGCCUCGGUUGUGGCUCCUCUUAUGGGAGGUGCUUUCACAGACAACGUGACAUGGAGAUGGUGCUUCUAUAUCAAUUUGCCUAUUGGUGGCAUCACGAUCUUGGUCAUCCUGUUUAUUUUGAAGGCUUCUCCACCACCAAAUCCAAGCCCAGCAAACACUUUACAGGAGCGACUCCAUCAACUCGAUCCAUUCGGUACAGCAACAUUUCUUCCGGGUAUGAUUUGCCUACUCCUAGCGCUGACAUGGGGAGGCGAGACUUACCCCUGGAACAAUGGAAGUAUCAUUGCCCUGUUCGUUCUGUCUGGUGUUCUUCUGAUUGCUUUCGUGUUGAUACAAGUGUGGAAGGGAGAGACCGCCUCGGUACCCCCUCGAAUCGCGAAGAAGAGAACUAUGAUGGCAGGCUUCUUUUUCACUUUCUGUCUAGGUGGCAGUAUGAUGGUGGUUGUUUAUUACCUUCCCGUCUGGUUCCAGGCUAUCAAAGCAGCGAGCGCAGUGAAAUCGGGCAUUAUGAAUAUCCCGUUGGUCUUGUCGCUUGUCCUCGGCUCUAUUAUUGCCGGGGCUACUGUUACAAACCUUGGAUAUUUCACCCCUUUCAUGAUUGCUGGUAGUGUUGUGAUGUCUAUCGGUGCUGGACUCCUGACUACAUUCACUGCGACUACAGGACAUAGCAAGUGGAUUGGCUACCAAGUCAUAUUAGGGUUUGGUAUCGGCAUGGGCAUGCAACAAGGCAGCGUUGCCGCGCAGACCAUCCUGGAGAGAAAGGAUGUACCAACGGGUGCAUCAAUUAUGAUGUUGGCCCAGUCUUUGGGUGGAUCAAUAUUCCUUGCCGUUGCGCAGACUAUCUUUAAUAGCGGCCUUUCCAGUCAAUUACAAAUCUACGUCCAAGAUCCAGACGCCGCAGACAUCAUUACUUCAGUAAUCGCAGCCGGCGCAACUGGAUUCCACAGUUUACCAGGACUUAGUGCCGAGAAUCUAUCUGCCAUAUUGAUUGCUUACAACAGGGCUCUUGUGGGCACUUUUUACGUCUGUGUGGGACUUGCAAGUGCUUCCAUUAUUGGAGCUCUUGCAACAGAAUGGGUCAGUGUCAAGAAGCGAGAGGACGGCAAGCAGGCUGCCACAGAAGGAAAGGAAGCGUACAAGUUGGAUUCGUUAGAAAAGCAGAAGGAACCGGCUUGA